AUGCAAAACACUUAUUUUAUUUCCAAAAUCGUUAGAGUGAAUAUUGGAAAGUAUUUAUCGGCACGGGGGAAUGGAUUUUAAGCUGACAACCAAAAUCAAACCGGUCAACUGCGAAUCAUCUACCUCGCGGGAGAGGUAGGGUUUUGCUGUCCACAAUGGCUGCCUUCGCACAGGAACAGCUGGACGCGCUGGUGAAUGGCAUGUAUCGCGAGGGUUUUCUGGAUGAGCAGUUCCAGCAGAUUCGGGCGCUAGAUGAAGGGGGGAGUCCUGAUUUUCUUGUAGAGUUGCUUGGUUUGUUCUGUGCUGAUGCAGAGAGGAUUUUGAACGAGCUGACCGGCUUAUUAAAUCAACCCAUUGUGGAUUACAAGAAAGUGGAUGCUUAUGUCCACCAGCUGAAAGGAAGCAGCGCAAGUGUUGGUGCCCAUAGUGUGAAAUUGACGUGCAUGCUUGCUCGUGAAUGCUGUGAUAAAAAUGACAAAGAAGGUUGCUUGCAGGCCUUGAACCUUGCCAAACAGAGGUUUUAUGAGUUGUCCAAGAGAUUUAAUAUCAUGAUUCAG